AUGCCUUUCGCAGUCAACAACUUCCGCAUCAAGAGAGAGGCUCACAGCCUCGGCCGCCAGACAAGCAAUGCGCCAUUCAACCCCUUUUCGCGCCGCGCCUGGUCCUCGGCCCAGGCCCGGAGAAACACCUUCCCGGCAACGGGACCGUCUGACGAUCCCGAGGCCUGCAUCGGAAGCGAUGACGGCAUAGUGACCGAUCGCGCCUUUGGCAACCCCAUAGGUCACGUCCACACAGCACCCGCGACUUCGCAAAGCGAGGCCACCGCCUUCGACAGUGGGCCGUACACCGGACAGUAUGGCGAGGACGCGACCGCGUUUCUCGGGCCCCAAAACGUGAAUGCUCCCGGGCCGGAUGGCAAUGGUCUGAAGAAGCGGAAGACCAACGGACUUUCUCCUACCAACGAAGAUGCGGAGGAAGUGCAGGUGAAAGAUAAGACCCACCGGAUGUACAAGGACGUGCAGCCGAAGGAGCCGUUCACAGUCGCCAACCAGCUACAGCGAGUCUUUCUGGGCUCGUUUAUCAACAUUCUCCUCCUGGCCGCGCCCGUCGGCAUUGCGCUGCACUUUACGAGCGUCGACCCUAUUGCCAUCUUUGUCGUCAACUUCAUCGCUAUCAUCCCGCUAGCCGCCAUGCUGAGCUUUGCGACCGAGGAAAUCGCGCUGCGCACCGGCGAAACCCUCGGCGGUCUGCUGAACGCCACCUUUGGCAACGCAGUCGAACUGAUUGUCGCCGUCAUGGCUCUGAUCAAGAAGGAGGUUGUCAUUGUGCAGACGUCGCUGAUUGGCAGCAUCCUGUCGAACCUGCUGCUUGUCAUGGGCAUGUGCUUUUUCUUCGGUGGUCUGCGCCGUCAGGAGCAGUAUUUCAACACCACCGUCGCCCAGACUGCCGCCAGUCUGCUCGCACUGGCCGUUUCUGGUGUCAUUGUGCCUACCGUCUUCGAUGCUGCCAGCAUCACGUCACAGAGCGACGUGGCCAUGCUGUCCCGCGGCACGGCCAUCAUCCUGCUGGUUGUCUACGCAGCCUACCUCUUCUUCCAGCUGAAGACCCACCAUGCUGUUUUCAGCGAGGAGAGCAAGAAGGUGCCUGCCAAGCCCUUUAAGCAUCACGUCCAGCCAGGCGCCGUUCGCAGCGCCCUCGUCAACCCUGCCGGGCUCGCUAUGGGCAACAUGGAGGAGGAGCGGCUGCGUGUUUCAGAGAAGAUUGCAAACGGCCCCGACGAUGAUGAGCCCGAGGACCCGCAGCUGCACAUGAUUGUGGCUAUGGCCGUGCUGGCUGGAUCUACCGUCAUCAUUGCUCUCUGCGCCGAAUUCCUCGUCGACAGCAUCGACUACGUCACGUCUACCGGCGGCAUGAGCAAAGAGUUCCUUGGCUUGAUUCUGCUUCCCAUUGUCGGAAACGCAGCUGAGCACGCGACGGCUGUCACGGUGGCCAUCAAGGACAAGAUGGACCUCGCAAUCGGUGUGGCUGUUGGCUCCAGCAUGCAGGUCGCUCUCUUCCUGAUUCCCCUUCUGGUCGUUAUCGGAUGGGGCAUGGGCAUGGACGAUAUGUCGCUCAGCUUCGACAUCUUCCAGGUGGCUGUCAUGUUCGUGGCCGUCCUUCUGGUCAACUAUCUCAUUGCCGACGGCAAGAGCCACUGGCUGGAGGGCAUGCUGUUGAUGUGCCUCUACUGCAUUAUCGCAACCUGUUCAUGGUGGUACCCGGCAUAA